AUGCAAGGACGUCCAAGCAGGGAGGAAGGGACGGGAGGGGAGCGGACCCUGCCUGCUGCUGGAGACUGGCUGCAUCAUGCCGCACCCUGUGUCACUGUGACGUUUACUAAUGUUCUCAGGAUCUCUGAAAGCAUUCUGUACUUACACUCAGCUGCCUCAUGCGCUUUGUGCACUGAAAUGGUGGAGUAAGUUCCUGCCAGAGUUUGUUUGUUCUUUGUAGCCUAGUUUUUUGGAUGACCUGUUGAUAAUGACCUAUUCAGCCUAUGAAAUACCCAUUGGCCUAUUAGCCUAUUUAUUUAAUCAGAUCCAUACCAUGUGUUCUGAAAUGUGUGUUCUCUUAUGAUGGUAUUUGGAUUGGUAUUCAUUUGAGGUCUUUUUAAUCCAGGGUCUUGUCUCAUUAAAGCGUUGAUGUUUAUUUUAAGCAACAUGCUGGUAAAGGGCCAAAGAAACUCAACAAAAUGCAGAUUACUUGUUUCCCCCUGAGGUGUCUUCUUAAGAGACGUAGACUGCUCUCUAUCUGAUGAUAAAAUCAAUAGUUCAACAUCAGUGUUUGUAAGCCAAUUAGAGUAAGCAACAAAGGUAUGAGCCUAUGUGCCCCUUCUCUCCAUGCAAGAAACAUAGAAUGUGGCUGCGUUGCGAAUUCUAUCAGGAUAAAAAAGGGUAUUGACUGAGUAGCAUUCCAAAGACAAUAUUGAGUUCAAUACUGUGCUAUUUUCUUGAUCCUGUGUGUCAUCAGACUAUAUUUGGGCAUUAGGCUAGUCCAGGGGUGUCAAACAAAUUUUGCCCUGAGGGCCGCAUUUGGUCUUCAACGAGGUCUGGAGGGCUGCACUGAAAAUGUGUUAUUUCCUCACUGUCAAAAUGUACAAAAGAUAGUCAGUCCUCUGUCCAUUGUUUUUUUGAAUUUUCGAUACUCCCUGACUGGUAGCUUUAAUUUAGGUGAUUUAUUAGCGAGCUAGACACAGUCAAGAAACUGUAGAAAUGUACUAGGUUCAUUAUAAUUUCUACAUAGUUCCAAUUUGGUUUGAGUAAUUUUUUAAGUAUACUGAACAAAAAUAUAAACGCAACAUGUAAAGUGUUGGUCCCGUGUGUCAUGAAAUAAAUCCCAGAAAUGUUCCAUAUGCACAGAAAGCUUAUUUCCCUGUUAGUGGGCAUUUCUCCUUUGCCAAGAUAAUCCAUCCACCUAACAGGUGUGGCAUAUCAAGAAGCUGAUUAAACAGCAUCAUCAUUACACAGGUGCACCUUGUGCUGGGGACAAUUAAAGACCACUCUAAAUUGUGCAGUUUUGUCACACAACACAAUGCUACAGAUGUCGCAAGUUUUGAGGGAGCAUGCAAUUGGCUUGCUGACUGCAGGAAUGUCCAACAUAGCUGUUGCCAGAGAAUUUAAUGUUAAAUUGCCCAGUCAUGUGAAAUCCAUAGAUUAGGGCCUAAUGAAUGUACUAUAUUUCAAUUGACUGAUUUCUUUCUAUGAACUGUAACUCAGUAAAUUUUUUGAAAUUGUUGCAUGUUGCGUUUAUAUUUUUGUUCAGUAUAUAUUGAGUUAGCCUCCCCCCAAAAGUAAAAAAACAAAAGGCAAAGUAAAGCUGGAGCACAUCCCAGAUGUCUAUGGGUGAAAGGGGGAGCAUUUAGGCUAAGCGCUGAACCCCAGAUGGUACGGCUCUUGUUUUGAUGUCUGUCUGUCAUCUGUGUUUGCAGGCCUCUAGGGCUGGUGUGUGUCUGCUGCAUUGUCUGCCAUGGCGUCCCCCAACGGUACCCUGGAGAAUCAGCUGCACAGCGCCCAGAAGAACCUGCUCUUCCUCCAGCAGGACCAUGCCAAGACUCUGAAAGGUCUCCAUGCAGAGAUCCGCAGACUACAACAGCACUGCACAGGUGAACAUGCUGAACCUCAAACUGAACUUGAACUAGGUCCACUAGACCUAAAUACAUACACUUCACAGGGUUCGUACGGUCAUGAAAAUCCUGGAAAAGUAAUGGAAUUUUAAAAUGGUGUUUUCCAGGCCUCGAACAUUUUUGGAAAAUGAUAAAAUCCUAACAUUUUUGGAGAAGUAAUGGAAAUUAAUUUAUAUUAAUGUAAUUUAUUUAGGCAGAGUUUUUAAAAUAUUUUAUCAAUCAAAUAAAAAUCAACAUAUCAGCCAGAAUCGGAAUGACACUUUUGCGUGCAUCACCUGCAUAGUGCGAGACGAGUUGGCCGUUGCUUAAGGAGAGAGAGACAGUCGGACAUUGCAGCAACAGGUAGGCCUAUAAAAUAUGAUAGAGAACAGAUUAACUAGGUAGCCAAUUCAAAACAUAUCUUGUACCCUCUAGUUAACUGUUUAGCUAUUAUUAGCAUAUAUUAAUGUUUUUGUUAUGUCCCAAAAAACUUUCCACCGGCACUCGCGAAAAGGUCAUACAAUUAUUUUUGAUGAAACAAACAAUUCACUUCGCCAUUGUAUUAGUUGGGAAUCGGUUCAAUUGCAGUGAAUCAAAUCAUGCGACUCAAAUAAUUAUUUGUGAAUCGUGAACAUUAAAGUUUGGAAAAAAGAUCAGAUGUAGCCUUUAUUUUGGAUUAUGUGGCUUCAAAACUUGUUUUGUAGAUACUUCCAGUUGAUUUGAGCAUCCAAUGUAUGGGACAUUGGAACUCAAUAGAUGCUAGUCAGCCUGCAAAGUAAACACUUCUAAGGUAGCUAAGAUAAAUAUGGCUAAACUGGAAAAGGUACAUUUCCUGAAAAUGUGUGGGCUUGCUUCUUAUGAAUAAAAAGAUGUGUAGCCUACCAUAGCCAUUUGAUCUUUGAUAUAUUGAAUGAGCAACUUAUUUCAAAAGGCAUAAAACGUAUUUGGUUGUAAUUUUGCAAUGUUUUACAUCACGGGUGGUCAACCACCCUUCAGGAGAGCUAAUGGGUGUUGAGGUUUUUAUUAAGGUCCCCCUCUAACAAAUCACAUUUUAGAAUUGAGCUGCUCAACCGGACCUUGAUAAACUCUCUGAUGUGUUUGAGCAGGGCUUGAUCAAAAGCCUGCACACCCAGUAGCUCUCCAGACUGAGGGCUGAUCACAUGUGUUUUACACAGUUUCCUUACAGGUAUUCUACUUUGUGGGGGGUUAAGUGCCUUGCUCAAUGACAGAAGGUACAUGGGAUACAGCAUUACGCAUUCUUUUUUAUACGUAGAUAGAGACACCGCUAAUUGUUGGUCAAGGAGAAGUCAUGGAAAGUCCAUCUGUCAAAAACUGUAUGAACCCUGACUUCAUACUGUUACAGAAUAUGAAAACAUACUCGCUUAACCAAAGGAAAACAUUCUCAAAACCUGGAUUGCAAGCUCACUUGGUAGACUAUUACAUUCUGAGUCAUACAUGCUGAAUACUCAUUUACAGUUCUGCCUGAACAACAUGCACAGUCACAUUAGAUCACAGAACAGAAACUCUGCAAAGGUAAACAAGAUUAACCAUAAGUGAAGCAUGAUACCCUGAGCCACAAACCAGAGCGUACCACACCAGAGUGGCUAGCAAGGGCCGGGUCCAUUAAAGAGAAAAGGGUUCAAUUUGAAAAUUAUUUUCGGGAUGGAAAAACUUUUUCAGUGUAAACUUGAAUGACUAUAAACAAUGUAGAAAAGAAAAUGGACCUAUAUUAUUUUAAAUAAGGUCAUAUAUGACAACUAACAAUCACCUAAAUAAAAGCUAGACAGUCAGGGAGAAUCUAAAACUAAAAAAUUAGGCAUUGAUUUUUUUAUAUGUUUGAUAUUUGAGUCACUCAGCCAUAAGUCAUGGCAACAUGUGUAGAAUUUCAAGAAAUUAGCUUUAAAACUGCAACAUUUUCUCUCCGCCCCAUGGCAAAAUGUGUAGAUUUGAAGGAAAUUUGCUUUAAAAGCUAAAUGUUGUCUCUGUGGCCAACAGGAUGGCCUCAAAAAUGUUGGGUCGGCGACCGUGCCAUUGGCCACACCUACUGCCACGCCCUGGCCAUUCCCACCACCUAAGCCACAUUUUGAUCCAGAAAAAACCCUGGUCUCCACUAGAGCUGCUAGACAUGCUCUCUGAAUAGCAUGCUCCUUGAUGCCACCACAUCACUCCUGUCAGAGCUGAAGAUGUCACUUCCUAGUCUGACGGUGACAUUUGAUCCUCUUCUCUUUUCACAGACUUGACAUAUGAGCUGACAGUGAGAAGUUCCAAUCCAACAGGUAAGAUGUUUGACAAGCUUCCUUUCAUUGCGUGACCCCAGGUACACACACACGCAGGCAUCGGUUUCACACCUCACAUUCCGUGGCUAGAGCAAUUGGCCUGACUUUUUAAAUACUUAAUUAUUACAUAGUAAUAGCAUAGUUAUUGAGAGAUUACUACUUUUUUACUGGGGUGUGAUCCAGUCAGUGGGAAAUAGGGUUGGGGCAGGGGCAGUUAAUUUUCUCACGAUUUUUCUAGAUGUAUUUCUGUGGGAACCCUUUCUCUCUCUCUCUCUCUCUCUGUGUUUUGACUUGACUCUGCUGUCAUUGUGUAAGUAAUGUCGGCACUGGCAGUAUAGUACACUGUUAGACAGAGACAUGGAAUGAAGCCAUUGAUGUUUUACCACUUGUAGUUACUCUCUUUGACACUGAUUUAACUUUGAUUGGUAAACUUUAGAAAUUAAAUGGAUAUAUUUUCAGUGCCUUUGCAAACUAUCGUACUGGCAGUUAUAUUGUUAAUGAAAUGAUGUAGCCUAAGAAUCGCUCAACAUAUAGUUCAGUCUCUGCUUGCCUUCACACUUACUGUUUGAAAACAGUGGCAGUGCCCAUGAACAGCCCAGGUACUAAAACCUGCAAAGCUAUAAAUAAGACUUUCUGCAGCAGAACAGAACAGAGGCCUCUGUAUGUCUUAGCCCUGGGAAUGUUAGAGAGCAUAAGGCUGGUGCUGUAUCCUGGUAACACUCUCCCACCCAGGAAGCAGUGCGCUGCGGCCGGGACCCCCUGCUGUUCAGGGCACUGUCCUCCUUUCACUGUCAGCUCACUGUCAAGCUCACAGCACAGCCCCUCCCCCCACGUUACCAUGGACAUGUCACAGAAUCAAACAGAAGUCUAAAUUAAAUACACAGGAGAACUGACCAAGGGCAUGCAGUAGAACCACAGAGGUCUAACUCUGGGAUUUGACCACAUAGUAGACAGACUCAAAUAGGAAUUGAACAUGAAUCACAGGGGAUCUGUGGAAUGGGUAGAAAAUAUAGCAAUCAAUGUGAUGUUGUUAGAUAUUCAGUAUACAGCCAGUACUACAGAAACACUGUUAACAAUGGGCAGAGGCCAAAGCUCUGUCAGUAAACAGCCGUAACUAAGCCCUCACGCUGACCUUUCAGGACAUCAUUACGGUCCUGAUUAAGCAGCUGAAAUAGCUUUAUAUACUAGCCAGAGAACGGUGGGCUGAUACACAUACUUUGUAGCAUCCCUAGCCAACGACCUGAUCAAUGCUAAUGGGGUAAGGGGGAGGCGCGGUAGGAGCCGUGUUGAUGUGGUAAGGGGAGGAGGAAGAGCAAUGAUGAAGGUCAGAGCAGUGCUGUGCCCUUGCUAUCUACCAGAUCUGUAAUAUGAGACAGGAGCUCUUCUUUCUCUCUCUGCCCACUGCAGAUGAGUCUCUGUAGACCAUCCCUCUCCCCCACUCACUCACUUCAACUGACAGACUCAAUCCAUGGCCAGUGGAUGCACUUACACUAGAAGCACUAAAGUAGUCAUUUGGACUGCUCAUGAAUGUAAUUUUUGUAUUACUCUGCCAUUUUUAAAGUCAUGCCCCCCUCCUUCCUUGACAUUUCCUAAAUACAGUGCAUUAGGAAAGUAUUCAGACCCCUUGACUUUUUCUACAUUUAGUUACUUAUUCUAAAAUUAAUUAAAUUGUUUUUGUCCCCUCAUCAAUCUACACACAAUACCCCAUAAUGACAACGCAAAAACCGGUCGUUAGAAAUUGUUGCUAAUUUAUUUAAAUAUGACAUUUACAUAAGUAUUCAGACCCUUUACUCAGUACUUUGUUGAUGCACCUUUGGCAGCGAUUACAGCCUCAAGUCUUCUUGGGUAUGACGCUACAAGCUUGGCACACCUGUAUUUGGGGAGUUUCUCCCAUUCUUCUCUGCAGAUCCUCUCAAGCUCUGUCAGGUUGGAUGGGGAGCAUCGCUGCACAGCUAUUUUCAGGUCUCUCCAGAGAUAUUCGAUGGGGUUCAAGUCUGGGCUCUGGCUGGGCCACUCAAGGACAUUCAGAGACUUGUCCCGAACCCACUUCUGCGUUGUCUUGGCUGUGUGCUUAGGGUCGGUUUCCUGUUGGAAGGUGAACCUUCACCCCAGUCUGAGGUCCUGAGCGCUCUGGAGCAGGUUUUCAUCAAGGAUCUCUCUGUACUUUGUUCCGUUCAUCUUUCCUUCGAUCCUGACUAGUCUCCCAGUCUCUGCUGCUGAACAACAUCCCCACAGCAUGAUGCUGCCACCAAACGUGACACUUGGCAUUCAGGCCAAAGAGUUAAUCUUGGUUUCAUCAGACAAGAGAAUCUUGUUUCUCAUGGUCUGAGAGUCCUUUAGGUGCCUUUUGGCAAACUUCAAGCGGGCUGUCAUGUGCCUGUUACUGAGGAGUGGCUUCCGUCUGGCCACUCUACCAUAUAGGCCUGAUUUGGUGCAGUGCUACAGAGAUGGUUGUCCUUCUGGAAGGUUCUCCCAUCUCCACAGAUGAACUCUGGAGCUCUGUCAGAUUGAACAUCGGGUUCUUAGUCACCUCCCUGACCAAGGCCCUUCUCCCCCGAUUGCUCAGUUUGGCCGGGCAGCCAGCUCUAGGAAGAGUCUUGGUUGUUCCAUUUAAGAAUGAUGGAGGCCACUGUGUUCUUGGGGACCUUCAAUGCUGCAGAAAUGUUUUCGUACCUUUCCCCAGAUCUGUGCCUCGACACAAUCCUGUCUUGGAGCUCUACGGACAAUUCCUUCGACCUCAUGGCUUGGUUUUUUCUCUGACAUGCACUGUCAACUGUGGGACCUUAUAUAAUUGGAUUUACCACAGGUGGUCUCCAAUCAAGUUGUAAAAACAUCUCAAGGAUGAGCAAUGGAAACAGGAUGCACCUGAGCUCAAUUUCGAGUCUCAUAGCAAAGAGUCUGAAUACUUAUGUAAAUAAGGUUUUUCAGUUUUUUAUUUUGUAUACAUUUGCAAACAUUUCCAAAAACCUGUUUUAUAAAAAGAAGCUGUUACUGCGUUCCAACACAUGCUUUCUGUUUCAUAGUUGUAACAAACACACUUGAAUGUUGGUGUUUUUUGUUUUUACAUGUAGCCUACAGUAACAUAAACUAAUGAAAAUAAUAUACAGCUUUUCUAUUCUAACGUUACCUAAGACCUUUAUAAACACAACCAAAUUAUUAUUUUUGCGAUAGCAUAUAUGAAAUGUAUUGAUUUCACUGUUAGAAUGUUGCAGUCAGAUUGGCUGUUCAUUAGCUCGAAGGGGGUUCCUCGAGGCCCAGCAGUUCUAGUGUUAAAGUACCUAUACGCAAGUUGUGUGUGUGUGUGUGGGGGAGGGGUGGAGGGUUGGAUGCACAGUAUGUGUAGCCAUAUUUGGAAUUUGCAGUGUGUGUGUGUGUGUGUUAGGCCCAAUGAAGCAGUUUUUUAUCUCAAUAUCAUUUCUGGGUAACAAUUAUUUACCUUACUGGGAUUGUUUUAAAUUAAAAUGGUCAAAAAGAAACACACAUAGCUUCUUAGCAAAGAGCAAUUUUUCAAGCAAGAAUGUAUUUAUUUUUAGUGUCUGACAUGUACAUAUAUAGGAUGUUAAUUUGACCAGUUUCUCACAGCAGGAAAAUAAUCCUGCAGCAACAGGAAAUGUAAAUUAUUUUGUGGAUUAUAAUUAAUUGACAUUUAUGUAGGGGUUGCGACAUAUUUAGUUGGGGCAAAUCAAGUCUGACAUUUUUAAAUGGAAAUUACAAACUUUAGAAGCAGUUUUAAACCUUGAAUACACUACAAGUUUGCAUUUCCUGCUGUGCAGGACAUUUCCUGCAACAACAGGGUAAUCAAAUUAAGAUCCUAUAUCUGUACACAAGCCUACAGUAUGUUGACUGCAGAUGGCAGCCCUACCAGAGCAAAUAGCAAAACAGCCUUGUAUGUACUCCUGAUGGAAUAUUUUGAGAGGAAUGGACAAUGUUUUAUUGUGGAUCCAAAUGAAGUAGGCUACUGUAUGUGUGACUAUUUUGUGUGUUGCAACAGGGUGUAGAUGUCUGAUGGUUGUGUGAAUGUGCAUAUUUUAUCUUCAUAUAGAGGUCUAACAGUGUGAUUUGUUUGUGUGUGUGCAGACAGCAGCGAGGCGCGCUGCAGGGAGCUGCACAGUAAGUGUGAGGAGCUGGAGGCUCAGCUGAAGGUGAAGGAGGAGGAGAACACUGAGCUGCUGAGGGACCUGGAGCAGAAGAAUGCCAUGAUCUCUGUCCUGGAGAACACCAUCAAGGAAAGGGAGAAGAAGUACCUGGAGGAGCUCAAGAUGAAGAGCCACAAACUGGCUGUCCUGUCUGGAGAGCUGGAGCAGAGAGGCUGCACCAUCGCCUACCUCACCUCUCAGCUCCACGCCACCAAGAAAAAGCUCCUGGCAGGCAGUUCCUCCGAGGCCAGCCCCAACGUCAGCCCUGUGAGCUCCUACAAGCCCACCCCUCCCAAAGCCAAGGACAGGCAGCCUGGCCCUGAGACCCCUCGCCGUCGCAUGAAGAAGAGCCUGUCUCAGCCGCUGCACUCUGAGUUAACCGAGCUGUACCGGCUGGGUUCUGAUGGGAGGAGGAUGUUCCUACGGGAGGCGGUGGACGCCAUGCCCGAUCCCACCCCCUUUCUGCAGGCAGCUCGAGACACGCCUGAUCUGCAGAUGGUACGAGACCGGCCAGCCGUCAUCCCCCCCAUCGCCUGUGAUCGCUCUUCCAGCCCCCGCCACAGCCCGGCACGGGACCGCCAGCACCGAGCACACGUGGGCGUGGCACACCGCAUCCACCACAACACCCCUCCACUGGCGCCGUCUCAGCCAGAGGUGGAGAUACUGGCCGUGGACCAGGUCAAUGGGGACAAGGUGGUGAGGAAGCGAUCCGGGGCGGACAGAACAGUUUAA